AUGGAGCAGCCGAAUUCUUCAAUAGAGAAUGCUUCCAACGUGAGAUAUGAAAAGAACAACUUCCCGGUGCUGGCUCAUCGGAGGUUCUUAUGGGUCUCUUUCUUUGUCGGGUUCUCCAUGCUUGAGUAUGGCUUCGACAGCGGCGAAAUAAGUGCUUUUCAGGCCAUGCUCGGCUUCCUACAAGUUUUCGGCUACAAGGACCCGAAAGUACCAACUGGUUGGAACAUUGAGUCUACACCACAGCAGAUUAUUACAUCGUUUGUGCUUUUGGGCUCCUUCAUUGCAUCGAUACUUUCCGGAGUGUUCAGCCGUUUUCUCGGCCGUCGCCACUGCGUGAUGGUCGGGAUGUUAUUCUUAAUUAUAGGAGUCACCGUGCAGAUUGUAACGACAAAUUUGGGCCCGCUAUAUUUUGGCCGGUUGAUGACAGGCUUGGCAAACGGGCUCAUAAUGAAUUUCACGUUCGUUUACAUUGCUGAAAUGGCCCCGGCGCAUCUCCGAGGUGUCGCGUAUGCCUUGGCGGCCGGCUGGGUAACUUUGGGUUCUGCUAUCGGCUACGUGAUCACCAACGCUACGCAAAAUAUCAUGAGUCGACUGGCCUAUCAAAUCCCACUUUAUACUCUCUACCUCCUUCCAGUAGUGAUGACUGUGGGUCUAUUCCUUCUUCCCGAAUCACCUAAGACAUGUUCAAAGCGCUGGCUUCUGCUAAACGGCAAACCCAAAGAAGCGCUCAAGUCCCUGACAUGGAUACGCAACGAUGCCUGCGAUCGAUAUGAGCUGCUGCGUGAAUACGAAGAAAUGAAGCUAAACGUUGAGCGAGAAAUUAGUGAUCGUGCCAAUGUGAAUUUCCUUGAUCCAUUUAGCAGACGACAUAUUCGACGAACCCUCAUCAGUGUUGGUGUUGGUCUUGUAAAUCCCGCUGUUGCGGGUAUGUUCAUAAUGGCAUUCAUGACCUACUUUUUGGAAAUGGUCGGUGUUGAGGACCCUUUCAAAUGGGGAGUUAUGGUACAGUUCAUUGGGUAUUUUGCUCAAGUGCUUUCGUACCCAUUUAUUGCAAUCUUUGGAAGAAGGACCAUGCUUCUCAUUGGAGCAGGAAUCUGCGGUCUAGCCAUGCUUAUUCUCGGGAUCCUGUUUCAGGCUCCCAAUAUUACAGAUAUGGCUGCUCGCGCAAAAGGCGUGAUAUUUGUGAUAACGCUCUGGCAAUUUGGGUUCAAUUUUGGUGUUGUCGGUCUAGUGUAUAUGGUUUCUGGAGAGAUCCCCGCUCAAAGUCUUAGGGCCUAUACUGCCGGCCUUUCUAUCGGAAUCGGGUUCAUUUUUGCAUGGCUGACAGCAUUUACGGCCCCUUACUUUAUAAAUCCCUCAGAGCUCAAUUGGGGUGGCAAAUAUGGAUUUAUUUGGUUCGGCUCGUGCGUGGUCACAAUGCUCUUUAUCAUUUUCUUCGUUCCUGAAGUUCGGGGGAGGUCCCUGGAGGAAAUCGAAGAAAUGUUUGAUAAAGGUGUUCCCGCGUGGAAAUUUCAGACUUACGUCUGUGAGGGCAUGGAACAGGCAAAAAAGGCAGCAGAGCAAGAUGUCAUUGACGAAGAGGCUAAAGAAGCACAUGCAGAGCACAUCGAGUCAGCCUCUCGACCCUGA